AUGGUUGACAGUGAGGCGAAUUCGCCAACAUGGAAGUUCACGCAGUGUUUCGGCGAUAAAGGUGACGUGGAGGACAUCACGGAGGCCGACAUCAUCUCUACUGUCGAGUUCGACCACACGGGGAACUACCUCGCUACAGGUGAUAAGGGUGGUCGCGUCGUCUUAUUUGAGCGCAACGAGACUAAGAAGUCAUGCGAGUACAAGUUCCACACAGAGUUUCAAUCGCACGAACCUGAGUUCGAUUAUCUCAAGUCACUCGAGAUCGAAGAGAAGAUCAACAAGAUCAAAUGGUGCCGACGCCAAAACGCCUCCCACUACCUGUUAUCGACAAAUGACAAAACAAUCAAACUGUGGAAGGUGUUCGAGAAGUCGCUCAAGGUUGUUGCCGAGAACAACCUAUCGCAUGAUCUGACGCCGGGAAAUGCUGCAGGGGGCGGUGGCGUGGCUCGAUCGCGGGCUCUUUCGCAGCAGUUUCGAAAUGCCACAGAUCUGAAGCUUCCACGACUCACACAUCAUGAUACUGUUGUGGCGGCGGUGCCUCGUCGCACUUAUGCGAAUGCGCACGCGUACCAUAUCAACAGUAUCUCCGUCAAUAGCGAUGGUGAAACCUACAUCAGCAGUGACGACUUGCGAAUUAACCUCUGGAACCUGAACAUCCAAGACCAAAGCUUCAACAUCGUGGACAUCAAGCCGGCCAACAUGGAAGAACUUACUGAGGUUAUUACUGCUGCCGAGUUCCAUCCGCUUAGCUGCAACUGGUUCAUGUACGCGAGCUCCAAGGGAACGAUCAAGCUAGCUGAUAUGAGAGAGAGCGCGCUCUGCGAUCAACACGCAAAAAUGUUCGAGCAGGACGAGGACCCAUCGUCAAGAUCCUUCUUCUCGGAGAUCAUCUCCUCCAUCUCCGACGUGCGCUUUUCCUACGAUGGCCGAUACAUACUGUCCCGCGACUAUCUCACCGUAAAGAUCUGGGAUAUCAAUAUGGAGCGGCAGCCGGUGAAGACGAUACCUAUUCAUGAGCACUUACGACCUCGCUUAUGUGAUACAUACGAGAACGACAGUAUUUUCGACAAAUUUGAGGUUGUUUUCUCGGGCGAUGCCAAAAACGUGAUGACAGGCAGCUACAACAACAACUUUAUGAUCUACCCGUCUGACCCAGACAAAGAAGUCGAAGUUGUUCUUCAAGCGGACAAAUCUGCUUUCAAGGCGAAGAAGGUUGGCGUGCCCACUCCUAUAAACUCCACAAGCCCGACCUCGAACGGCAAGAAGAACGGCUCACGAGCUGGGAGCCCUGGGGCUCAGCGCAUGCGCAAGGAGACCGAUGCAGAUCAAAUCGACUUCAACAAGAAGAUUCUGCACAUGAGUUGGCAUCCCUUCGAAGAUAGCAUUGCUAUUGCAGCAACUAACAACCUUUUUGUCUUCUCCGCUCUAUUAGAUUUCGGUGUCAACGAAUCGAUGCUUAGUCCAUCAUUGAAUAGCGCUGCCGCUCAGAGGGAGCUCUGUCGUCAGUCUGUUCGGACGAAUCCGCGGCCUGAUGGUGAGGGGGUGCUUGAAGCGAUUCUGUCAGUGUCGGCAUGCUGCGUGUGGCAUUCACCGCUAAAUCCAGAGGCCGCUUAG